AUGAAUACCGACCAUUCAACUGCACCACCGGUUGUUCAACAACAACAACAACAUCAAACAAAUAAUAAUAACAACCGAAGUAAUAAUAAUAACAGCGUCAUCAAUAACAACAACAUUAACAACAACAACAUAGGUACUACUUCACCCUCAUCAACUUCAACAGUCAACACUUCUACUGCAGCCUCAUCACCUGCAGCCGGGUCAUCAACGAUAAGCACAACUACUACCACCACCUCAACAACAACACAGCAGCCGUCAAAACCUUCAUCGAGAAGGAAGGCUCCAUCAACAACAAAGAUGAUCGAUGUUCACACUUUGUCUGCUUCAGAGCACGGCAACAACUCUACAUCACCAACAAACACUUCAUCGUCGACUGCCACCUCUGAGCCAAGAGUCAGUGGUAGAGGCAGACACAACAAGUCGAGACAGUCUCAACAGCAGCAGACUCAGUCGCAGCAACAGACGGACUUUGAUCCAUCGACCAACGAAGUGUUUAUAUAUCAUCAGGGCAUGGCAACUGAUGGCGCCAUGUCCCAACCAUCUUCCUCCUCCUCCUCGACUGCCUCACAGUCGCAGACUCAGUCCUCGGGACUGACCUGGCAGCAGGAGCAGAUGCUCGGCAGACAGGCCUCUGCUGGAGCAGCCAAGCUCAACCCCAAGUCCCCACCAUUCAUGCCAAGUAGACAGACAGACAACAACAGCACGACAUCCACUUCAUCAUCCACAACAUCAUCUCAGAGAGAUCAAAACAACCGAGACAACAACAAGAGACAAGCGAACAAGAGAGGAGGAGCAUCUGGAGCUGGCGCUGGCGCUGGUGGAGAGAGAGGCGAAGGGAAGCCAUCGGGAGAGAGGCAACCUAGACAGCAGCAGCAGCAGCAGGAUCGAAGAGGACAUUCAUCUCCACUGGAAGGAAAGGAGAAGGAGAAGGAUCAAUCAAAUGGACUCAAGGACAAGUUCACAAAGGCACGCGAGAAUGCUGCUUCGAAGCAGCAGCAGCCAAGACAGCAGCAGCAAUCAGACAAUGGCGACAACAACGGAGAUAGGAAUAAGAGAAAUACGACAGCGUCAACAUCACAGCCCAAGUAUAUAUUCGACGACAAGGAUGCGACAAAGACAGCCGACUACACACCCCUGGCGAUCCAGAUCAUCAACAAGCUCCAGAGCAACAACUACGACUGCAUGGUGUGCUAUGAGGCCGUCAAGAGGACGGCUCCCGUGUGGAACUGCCCCUCCUGCUCCACGAUAUUCCAUCAGAGCUGCAUCAAGGUGUGGAUGACCAAGUCCACGACGCCCGAUGGCAAGUGGAAGUGCCCAGGCUGCCGCCACAUUGUCGAGCGCGGCGAGCCCCAGUCCACCUGCUUCUGCGGCAAGCAACGCGACCCGCAAUACAACCCCUACUUCCUGCCACACAGCUGUGGCGAGGUCUGUGGCAAGCUGCGCGCCAAGUCCAACUGCCCGCAUACUUGCAACAUCCUGUGCCAUCCCGGACCGUGCCUCAACUGCUCGGCGCUCGGCCCCAUGAUGAAGUGCCACUGCCGGCGCACAGAGUACCGCUUGAUGUGCGGUGAGGUCGACAAGGGCAAGUGCUGCGACAACGUCUGCGACAAGCCACUGUCCUGUGGCAACCAUCAGUGCGCCAACACAUGCCAUCCAGGCGAGUGCUCGCCCUGUCAGGUGCUUGAGACUCAGAAGUGCUACUGUGGCAAGACGUUUGAGAAGCGUCCAUGUGGCAGCGGUACCCGCGACCCAUGGAACGAGGAGGAAGACCGUCUGUUCUCGUGCCAGACCAAGUGUGACCGCUUCUUGGACUGCGGCAAGCACAAGUGCACUCGCACCUGCCACACCGGCCCUUGCGACCCAUGUGAGCUCGUGCCCGACAAGGUCACCCGCUGUUGCUGCUCCCAGACCGCGCUGGUCGACCUGCCCCAACCUCCCCGCGAGUCUUGUUUAGAGCCCGUGCCCACCUGUCCCAAGGUGUGCUCGCGUGUUCUUCCCUGCGGCCAGCAUCCCUGUCAGGAGAAGUGUCACUCUGGCCCCUGCCCACCCUGCCGCGUCAAGGUCAGGACGGCAUGUCGUUGUGGCAAGUCGGUGGAGAACCGACAAUGUGGCAUGGUGCAGGCCAACCUCUCAACGUCCUCAGCGGCGUUUACCUGCUCAUCCGUGUGCCACGCGAUGCGUGCGUGCAAGAAGCAUGAGUGUGGCGUCAAGUGUUGCCCUGCCACGGCAACCAACGAUCCCGUGGGCAACCAUGUCUGCAAGAUCGUCUGUGGACGCACACUCAAGUGUGGCCUGCACAAGUGCGAGCAGCUGUGCCAUCAGGGCAAGUGCUAUCCAUGCCCCUUCAACAGCUACGACGAGAUGUCCUGUCGCUGCGGCAAGACCGUGAUGCUGCCACCCAUUCCGUGCGGCACCAGAAUGCAGCAGUGCCCCCAUCCAUGCACCGUCCGACGUGAGUGUGGACACACUGAUGAGAUUGCCCAGCAUCAGUGCCAUCAGGGCCCCUGCCCACCCUGCCCCGUUCUCGUGGAGAAGCUUUGUGCCAGCGGCCACGAGAUCAGGAAGAACAUCAAGUGCCACACGACCGAGGUGUCCUGUGGCAAAGCCUGCGGCAAGACACUCCCAUGUCUUGUGCAUCGAUGUCCAAGGACCUGCCACAACGGCCUGUGCUUGAAGCCAUCGACCAGCGGCAACGGCAGCAGCACCCCACCACAGACCUUUGACGUCUUUGCCGACAUCUCAUGCGGCUAUCCCUGUGGAGCCAAGCUCAAGACUUGCGAGCACUCAUGUCAAGCGCCUUGCCAUCCAGGCGAGCCAUGUCCAGCUCAAGUCUGCAAGCAAAAGACCAAGAUCUUCUGUCCUUGCGAGAGAAGGUGUGUCGAGACUAUCUGUGUGCCAAUCAGUGCUGAUGGCAACGUGAGAGAGUUGGAGUGCGAUGAGGUAUGCGAGCAGGAGAAGCGAGACAAGUUGUUCCUCAGUCUCAAGUCGGACGCUCCUCCAGAGGCCACUCCCGAGGAGUCCGAGCCCCCAACCAUGAGCCAACUUGAGUUGCUCACACUCUACAGCAAGGCCUCUCCCAGGAGUGUUCGCAAACUGGAGACCAUCUUUGAUGAGUUCAUCAACUCUAGUGUUCUCAAGUUGACAGUGUCAUUCAAGGACUCAAUCCAGAGCAACUUGAUCAUGAACAUGGCCAGAUACUAUCAUCUGAGACCAAGAGAGAAGCGUGGAUUCAACACGAUUGAGUUGUACAAGGUACAGAAACUCACGGCCAUCCCCGUGCCCUUGUUGACCGAGUCGCUCAACUUCAUGAUGUUGUCGUCGGUGACCAAGAGCACCCAGAGCUACGCAUCUAUCUCGCUCAACAGCAUCGUCACGGAGAAGUACCAGGCGCACACCCUGCUCAUCUACAACCUGGACCUGUCGAUCAAGUCGGAACACAUCCAGCAACACUUGAAGGAGCACGCCGACAAGUAUCAGUUGCUUUGGGUCGAUGACAGCAACCUGCUGGUCGUCUUUGACGACCUCCAUAGUUUUGAGGGCGCGCUCAACACCAAGGUUGCCAUGUUCUCGGUGAUGCCAUACGCCGACGAUCCGUCUCUGAUUGAGGUGCUCCAGUCCAACACCGUGAAGAGGACUGACACGGCCAGCCCCACGUCCAGCUUCUUCACCAACAGGUUCGCCUAUUUGGACUCUCCUUUCGCCAACAACAUGACGUCAACCACGACCACCACCACCACGACCACUACCAGCUCGUCCUCUGGUCGCAACAGCUUGAACAGUUCCCUUGCAAGGUCGUCUGACUACAACCAUUCCAACACUGGAGGCAACAACAACAACAACAGUGCACAGUCUGAGCCAGUUGAUGACUGGGAGAACAUUCAAUAA